UGCCUUUUUAGGUGUUGCUUGACGUAUUUAGAAAAACGGUACCUUCAAUACAAAACUCUGUUUUAUCACACUAGAUAAUAAGAGAGAAACCGGAAGGGUUCCUCGGUAGCUAUAAACGGUCAUUCAUUCAUUCAGGUUCCGUACAAAAACUUACGCAAAGCCUAUUUCUGUAUUUUUUGCGAUUUGACUGCAUUAAAGACGAGUUUCUUAAACACGGAAUGAAUGGACUAAAGGAGUAGAAUAUACUCAAGUCCGAAUAAACUGAUUUUUCGUAUAUUAUUUUGUAAAUGCACUAUUGUACUACAUGUAUUAAGAUGAGGAGGAUAAAGAGGUGGUUCCUCGAUUUUAUUAAAUUUUAGCCGAAGAGGCUGUCUUCAUCCGCUUAGAUGGCAUUGACAGGCGGUGACGCACUCCGUGAGAGCGUCCAAUGGCCACCCUUGAGGAUUAGCUCGUGUUUAUAAAACCACAGAGAAACAAUGUGCUUUCGGCUUAAACCAACUAUCUGGGGAUAGAGAGGUCUUUGGGUAGAGAGGGGGUCUAUUAAGAUAGAUAACACUUAGGAAAACCAAAGUGCGUAAAACUCGUUUCACGGCAUACCGUGAAAACCUUUGAAGUUUCAGAGAAAAGUGACGGAGGAAAGAAAAAAGGCAUCUCGUCAACUUCAAGCCAUGGAGCUUUCAAAACAGCAUCAACUCAGGCAAAAUGAAAAGCCAGCGGCUAGUACAUCAACCAGCGCUGUGAACGGCCACUUGGAAGAUAGGACGUUCAUUACCAGGUCCCCGGACCACAGCCGGGGUCCCCAGGUAGCCCCUGGAGAGGCUAGUUCACAUUCGGCAUCGAUUAUGGAGAGCUGGAAAGAGGAGCGCACCCGAAGUGUGGAAGACAACGAGAUGAGCUUGCCCAGUCUGGCCGCUGCCUACACUACUAUCCUCCGGGGUCUAGGAGAAGAUCCUCAAAGACAGGGGCUUCUCAAAACACCUUGGAGGGCCGCCACGGCCAUGCAGUACUUCACCAAGGGCUACCAGGAGAAAAUCACAGAUGUGCUGAAUGAUGCCAUUUUUGAUGAAGAUCACGAUGAGAUGGUAAUAGUGAAGGACAUUGACAUGUUCUCCAUGUGUGAGCACCACCUUGUGCCCUUCAAUGGCAAGGUGCACAUAGGCUACCUCCCCAACAAGAGGGUGCUGGGCCUCAGCAAGCUGGCCAGGAUUGUUGAAAUUUAUAGCAGACGAUUACAAGUUCAGGAGCGGCUGACCAAACAGAUUGCUGUUGCCAUCACUGAAGCACUACAGCCUGCAGGAGUGGGAGUUGUCAUUGAAGCCACUCACAUGUGCAUGGUGAUGAGAGGCGUCCAGAAGAUGAACAGUAAGACAGUGACCAGCACCAUGCUGGGGGUCUUCCGUGAAGACCCCAAGACCAGGGAGGAGUUUCUCACCCUCAUCAAAAGCUGAGUCAUCCCGGUACUUUUGCCAAAUGCCAUCUCUCGGAACACAGCACCCCUGCCAGAACGCCUCUCCGGGACAGACCCAAAACAAGGCAGAGUUCCUGAGGCCGAUCUGGAAGAUAGCAUUCUUUGACCAAAACAUUUCUCUCUGAACCAUCGCCAUCGUGAAUCAUCAUCAUCUCACUGCCCAACUCAUUCUUUUUUCAAAUCCAUAUUGUGCAUCUAAAGCGAUCUGAUGUUUUCUUAUGUGAAGUGUGUCUCUGUCUUGAAUCUUCAGAGUUUAUCAACUGUGAAGAGUUUGGGUCUAGAAAACCUGCAAGAAAUUAUUUGGCUGUCACUUUCAGUUCUGUUUGAAGUAUUCAGUAUAUGGGUGUAAGAAAAAAAUAACAAUGGAUAUUUAAUAUUUAAUAUAAUU